GAAUCCAUGAAGGUCGUGAUUAUUCAGGCAGUAGGUGUUCGAUGACAUCGUCGUAGGCUUUGGUUUCCGUGAGUAUGUAAACUUGCACCCGUUGCGCUCUUCAGUUCUUGCUCAGCAUUGUUGCAUUUCGUCUCUCCACCAUUCCUCAGCAUUAUUCCUCCUCCUCUUCAAACAACUAACAAAAACCCCGGUAGCCACAAUACGAUCAAUCCAAAAUCAUGGCCUCCGAGAAUCGUGCAGCAUUCGUCCCUAGUGCCGGCGCAGAGCUGGAAGUGCGAACUUCGGACAUCCAUCAGCCAGAAUCUGGAGAAUUGCUAGUUCGCGUCCACGCAGUCGCCAUCCAGCCUCUCGAUGCCAAAAAGCUGCUCUCCGGAUAUGGGGGCGCGGGUACUGCCACCUACCCAGCCGUUUUCGGAACCAGCGGUGCGGGUGUCGUCGAGCAGGUCGGAUCCGACGUCGUCGGCUUCCAAGCUGGGGACCACGUCGUCUUCGACACGAAAGCCUAUGUCGACAACGAUGUGAACGUCCGUCAGGGAACGUGGCAGCAGCUCACAAUUUGUAGUUCCAAAACCGCGGCGAAGAUUGGCGACGUCGACUUCGAACAGGCCGUACUGGUCGACUUCCCGUUGCAGACCGCAGUCGCGGCAUUGCACCACUUCCUCGGGAUGGGGAAGCCCGGGACUGCAAGCCCUAGCGAGAAGGUGCUCGUUUGGGGUGCUGGUGGCGCCGUAGGAUCGUAUGCUGUGCAGUACGCGAAAUCCGUCGGCCACACAGUCGUCGUAACUGCCUCCGCACGCGACACCGCGCGGCAGCAAUCCCUCGGCGCCUCCGAAGUCAUCGACUACAAGUCGCCCGACGCCGUCGAGCGACUCCGCGCCCUGGGUCCCUUCAAGUACCUCAUCACGGGCAGCGGCGACGCGGCCUCUCAGCAAGCCCUCGCCUCGCUACUCCAGCCGUCAGGCGGCCGCUUCGCCUCCGUGCUCGGCGGGGACGUCGAACUGCCAGCGAACGUCGAGCGCGUGUACACUGGCUUUUCGCAGGCGGCGCAGAGCGAGGAGCACGCUGCGUGGAGGGACUGGUGGUACGGGGAGUAUUUGCCUAAGGUGCUGAGCGAGAAGCUGGUCGAGCCGGUGAAGUUUACGAAGGUGGAGGGCGGGUUGGCGGCGUUGCAGGGGGCGAGUAGGGAUGUCUUUGAGGGGAAGGUUAGGGGGAAGUUGGUGGUGAAUCCUCAGGAGUAGGGUAGGGGAGGGGGUUGGAUUAAUAGGAGGGUUUAAACUUGAGUCGUUGGCAUGAUUGAUGCCAAUGGGAAAGUGAAAAAACAAAAGGGCAAGCAGGAAAGCAGGCUCAUGAUACGAAUGUCACGAAUAUAUGCAAAUGAUAAAACAAUUUCCAAUUAAUCACCGUUCUAUAU